GGCAAACCAUCUUUCAAGCGCAUCAACAAUCCCGAACUAAUCCACACACCACCUGGUACUCCAAUUAAGGACAAAGUGGUUGGCUACGGAUGCUUUUUCAUACAUAAAAGAGGAAUCAAAUCCUUAUUUAUUUUUCGGUAAACCCUCCGCGGCGGAAUCAUAAGCCCGCUUUGCAUCGAAACGGCGGGAAAUUCCUUACAGAUGAUUCAGUCAAGAUGGCGUUAGCCUCCACUGUCAAAUCGCUAGCUAAGCUUCGACGCGGUGGCGCCGGCGGGACAUUUUCUCGCUUUCUCGCUGCUAAGUGGUUCCCCCCACAUUCACCCCCGAUUUCGUCCUCCUCCUCUUCUUUCUGUUCCGCCGCUCCUGUUUCCCCUUCAUCUGGUUUUCAACCAUCGCCUUCCCCUUCUUCUGAAAUACCAGGAAAAUCCUCUAGGUUGUCAAAAUGGUUUCUAUUCCUACCUGGAGCAAUCACAUUUGGUCUAGGAACUUGGCAGAUUUUCAGGAGAGAAGAGAAGAUAAAAAUGCUGGAUUAUCGAGAGAAGAGAUUGCAGAUGGAGCCUUUAAAAUUCACCAGUGCAUCUCCAUUGAUGGAAGAAUUAGAUUCUCUAGAAUUCAGGAAGGUGGUGUGCAAAGGAGUUUUUGAUGAGAAAAAGUCAAUCUACGUGGGUCCACGUUCAAGAAGCAUUUCAGGAGUGACUGAAAACGGCUACUAUCUUUUAACACCUCUUAUGCCUGUUCCCAACUGUCCAGACAGUGUGAGUUUUCCUGUUAUAGUCAACAGAGGGUGGGUUCCUCGCAGUUGGAGAGAUAAGUUCGUUGAAGCUUCUCAAGAUAGUAAACAGUCUGAAGAAGCGCUUACCUCCCCAUCAGGGGCUGCUGGAACAAAAUCCUGGUGGAGAUUUUGGUCUAAAAAACCUGAUAUCACUGAGGAUCAUUUCCCAUCUGUCACACCUGUAGAAGUUGUUGGAGUAGUUCGUGAAAGUGAGAAACCAAGUAUUUUUGUUCCAGCAAAUGAUCCCAAGUCUUCCCAAUGGUUCUAUGUUGAUGUUCCAGGCAUUGCCAAUGCUUGUGGACUCCCAGAAAACACUAUCUAUAUUGAAGAUAUUAAUGAAAAUGUCAAUCCAAGUAAUCCUUACCCUGUCCCAAAGGAUGUCAAUACCUUGAUUCGAAGUUCAGUCAUGCCUAGAGACCACCUCAAUUAUACAAUGACAUGGUAUUCUCUUUCUGCAGCUGUUACAUUUAUGGCUUUCAAAAGACUAAGGCAGAAAAAUAAGCGGAGAUAGCAUGAUCGUGACCAUAACUUCUUCCCGUGAUCUGGCAUGGCAUCUCCAUUGAUUGAUGUUUUAACCUUUUAGGUCAGAUCUCAAGUGAACAGAAUUUAUUUCCAAGGAAGUUCCAUCCAAGUGAUAUCUUCUGCGCCUAGAGUAUGGCUCUCACCCUGAAAAGCUGAUGAUAAGAUCAUAACGUUUGAACCGUUAUGUUUUGCUUUACGAUAUUAGGUGGAUGGUGAUUAGAUAUUCAGUGGCAAGAAAGCUCAGUUUUCGAUCUGAAAAUAAACUAAUAUUGCUUGUUUCAAGAGAAUAAAGUAUUACAAUUGGGAGGCAGCUGAGGAAUGAGUAGUUGAAACAGUCCCAAUCUAACUACUUCAUGUUCAAUCUCUUCUAAUAAGCUUUACUCACUUAGCUUUUAAUGAGUGUCUCCAUCUCCAGGGUUUGGCAAUGGUUCAUUUUUCAUUCUCCUUGAUAGCUGAAUUCAGUGAUCUGUAUGUGCUGUGAUUACAUGAUUCUGCUUGUCUCCUCCAUAAUUGGAGAUCACAAACUUGUUGACUUAAUUCUAUACUGUAGAUCGUCGUUGUUCCGUUA